UUUGUUAGAUUAGUUUGUAUUGCCAUUGCUUUACAUUCGUUUCAAUAAAUUGUUACAAUUUUUUUUGCUACACUAUGUUACAAAACAUAAGUUUCAAGUUCUUGUGCUCAUUGGCGUUUAUGGCUUGGUCAAUGUUAUGCUAUCUGCAUUUCAUUGAACAGGAACAAAGGAAAGCAUCUGAUGAUUACAAUGUCGAGCUUUACACAGAAUAUCCAGCAUUACCAUACGUGUCUCAGUACUGCCCGCAUCAAUCACCACCAAGUUCCUUGGUCAAUCGAGCAUUUGAAUUGCUCAUAAAUUACGGGCUGGUUCUAAUAGGCACAAUUGCCGUAACUCGUCUGCUGAGUCGGCUGGAGCAGCAGGCCGGAUUAUUCAAUCAGACAACGUCAAAGCGUCCAUCCGAGAUGUCCCUGGAUUUUGGCAGAACCAGACAGGACUUGCCGCAAGAGCAGCCUGCAAAUUUGCCAACUUGUGUUCAGCAAAGUAACGCUCUGACAGAGCAAUUGGAUAACUUGCAGAUGCGUUUCCGUGAACUUCAAGAAAUUAUCAAGCAAGGCGUUAGCAGCGGCAGUGUGAGCAGCAAUGAUGAUUUGGCUAUGAGCUUAAGCGGCAGCGUUGGUAGCUCUGAGCCAUCGCUCAGUGACAGUUCCAGCUUACAUUGCGAUGAUGACAGUCCGGAUGUAAUUAUGUGGAGACAGCCUUCCAGCACCACUUCCAGUUUCAACAGAUCCUGCUUGGAUGGCAAAGUAUAUGUUACCCAUAGUCAUAUACAUUUAAAUUUCAACGGACCAGUGCAGCUGUCUAAAACCAAUUUCAACAUUAACUCGCAACGCAGAGUUUGCAAUUUCCAGCGUAGCCAAAGCGAAUUCCUGCAAGUUUGGAAGCCUUUUAUAGAGUAUCCACAGCAGCAGAACUUGUUGGCCGGCUUUAAUAACAUGCUUAUCUAAAUUUAUUGGUCCUCCAAAAGAAACUAAACAUUGAACAACAAAGGUACACGCUCUUUAUUACUUGACAAGUUGUUGCAAAUACAAAACUCUGAAAUGACUUAGUUCGUCAUCAGUCUAAUUUGAAAAAUACAAAACUCGCGCUUCCGAUGAAAAAAGCUAAAUCUGACGGGAUAGCCGCGAAAUUUACGAUAUAACUAAAUCGUCAAUUGAAACAAAAUAAUCGA